CUUCUUCUUCUUGUUUCUCUAUCUUCAAUAAUCAUUAUGGCUCACUAUUAUUCUAGCUCAGCAAUUCUAGCUGCCAUUAGAUUCUACCUCUUAUUUUCACUUUUUGUGGGAAUGGUCUCAGCUCAAUUCUUGUCCCCCUUUUUCUAUGAAAGAACAUGCCCUAAUGCCCUUACCACCAUUAAAUCAGCUGUAGACUCUGCAGUGUCAAGUGAGCGACGCAUGGGAGCAUCCUUGCUCCGUCUUCACUUUCAUGACUGCUUUGUUCAAGGAUGUGAUGCAUCGGUCCUCUUGGAUGACUCAGCAAAUUUCAUAGGAGAGAAAACAGCUUUUCCAAAUAAUAAUUCACUAAGGGGAUUUGACUUGAUAGACACCAUCAAAUCUCAAUUGGAGAAUAUGUGCCCUGGUGUUGUAUCGUGUGCUGACAUUAUAACGGUUGCUGCUAGAGACUCUGUUGUUGCUCUGGGUGGACCUAGUUGGCCGCUCCUAUUGGGCAGAAGAGACUCUACUACUGCAAGUUUAAGUGCUGCUAAUUCCGACCUUCCUUCUCCAGCAUUGAAUCUUAGUGGCCUUAUUAGUGCCUUCUCAAACAAGGGUUUUACUGCCCAAGAAAUGGUGGCCCUAUCAGGAUCUCACACAAUAGGCCAAGCAAGGUGCACAAUUUUUCGAGACAGGAUUUACAAUGAAACCAAUAUAGAUUCCUCAUAUGCAACUUCAUUGAAAUCAAACUGUCCAAGCGCCGGUGGUGACGACAAUCUUGCCCCUCUAGAUGUCACAAGUCCAACAUCCUUUGACAAUGCUUACUUCAAGAAUUUGUUGAGAAAAAAGGGUCUCUUGCACUCAGAUCAACAACUCUUUAAUGGAGGUUCCACAGAUUUCCAAGUUGGUGCAUAUAGCUCUGACUUGGGAAGCUUUCAAAUAGACUUUGCAAACGCAAUGGUGAAGAUGGGGAAACUUAGCCCACUCACAGGCACAAGUGGCCAAAUCAGGAAAAAUUGCAGGAAAGCCAACUAAUUUAAGGCACUAAUUAAUCUACCAUUUGUGUGCCUUUUGAGAAUAAAGUGUUCCUUCUCGUUGCUAUUGUUGUUUGGUGAUUUGGUAGAUAAUAUUAAGAACAAUAAAUCUUGUGAUUCAAAAGAUUUCACAAUUUUCUUUUUUUGGUGCAUAAUAAAAAGUGAUAGUGUGAUAUUAUUGAAGUCUA